UGUUUGGGCCCUUUUCGAUAAAAAUUCCCCUAGUAAUCUGUACGAUGGCUGCAAUAGACGGAGGUUCGUUGGAGUUGGGAGUUUCUACACCGUUCUAUCCUCCGCCCGAGGAGAAACCGAAGACUGAAACAGACGUAGGAUCUGACUGUGUCUCGAACAAAGUAGCAGAUGUAUUUUACAUCGCAGGAAGAAGAUUCCGCAGAGCCUACCUGAAAGAUGAGGAAUUUCAACGACAGUCCCUUCUUUUUGAAGACCAAUUCGUCCGGAGCGAGGGUUUUGAAAUAGACUGGGAUCAAUUUGACUACUUGUUCAAUAGUCAUAAUCUGGCUUGGGCGGGACCUCUCUACGAUGACAUGACCAAUGAGGAGUUAGUCCAGAGCCUGAUACGUCAAGCCAUUGAAGAGCACAAUGAAGAGAAUGGAACCAAUCUGGAGUUUGUUCGGCAAGUGAAAACUAAUUUCUGGAAUUGUGCUGGUUACUUGUUUUGGAUAACAUUUGAAGCCAGAGAUUUGUCAUCUAAUAAUCCAGAUACGAAACUUUACCAAACUAAGGUGUGGAAAUUUAAUGAUGAGGUUGAGGUUUCUUUAUUCAGGGAAAGGCCCACAGACGAAGAAAUUGCUUCUGUGCAUGUGGAGAUUCCAGAAUAUGAGUGCUUCAAGUUAGCUAGGUAUUGUUUCUUGUUUCACGAAUACUGAUCUGUUUGAUGUGUUGGGACAUCAGACAAAUUUCUAUAUUAUUGAAUAGCUGCUGCUAAAAUAAGACAUGAUUGGCUAGAAGAGGCACGUUGAAUGACUAGAAGAGGCCAUGACCCUAAGAACUGGAUUGCAAAUGGUAUUAACGGCUAUAAUAAUAAUAAUAAUUGUGAUAAUUAUAGCAAUAACUAUAAUUAUAUUAAAAUUAUUAUAAAAUAUUGUAUAAUAGCUUCCUCUUACCCCGCACUUCGAUUAAAUUUGAAAUAUCAAAGAUUUGUUAUGCUUGCAAUUUUUCGAUCACAGAAAUUGCUCCUGUGGACCUGGACUUUACCGAGUAUGAUUGCUUCAAGUUAGCUAGGUAAGCCCAAACAUUGCCGCGUUGAAUGUCCAGAAGGGGCCAGGACCGUAAGAAGUGGAUUGCAAACGGUGUUAACGGCUAUAAUUAUAAUUAUUGUUAUACUUAUAGCAAUAAUCAUAAUUAUAUAAUAAUAAUAAUAAUUAUUAUUAUUAUUAUUAUUAUUAUUAUUAUUGUAUAAUUAUCAUCAUUAUUAUUGUUGUAUGUCUUAUCAUUUAAGCACUUGAAGUCAUGUAUCCCUUGAGUUUAUGUUUCUAUAUGAAUCAUGUUAGUAAACUUCCAGACUUGAACCAAGAAGACCAAUGUUUCGUGGUUAACUUGUACAUCAUAAGCAACUUUGAAC